UGGACACAUUUAGGGACCAAUGUGACCAUUUACCCACCCGAAAAGUGUGCAGCCCAUUUUCAUUGCUUGGGCUUGGCUGCUUGUUUUUUUACCUGCUCUGCUCCAACGUCUACACGUUCAUCAUCGAGAGAGAGGUUUCGCCGCCGCCGUCGCCGGAAAGAGGUUGUGCCGUCGGUGGAGUAGUCUGCGAGUAGUUUCCGGUUGUUUGCUCCCCCCUCCUCCGAACUCUUCCUUUCAGAGGAUUUAAGACAAUGAGUGGUGCACAACUGCAAAAUGCUUCCCUUGCCACCUUACAUGGGUCACAACAAAAUAAAGUUUCAGCUACUGAAGCUAGUGGUGUGGAGUCAAAGCCAAAGAAGAAAAUCUGCUGUGCUUGCCCAGACACUAAAAAACUGCGAGAUGAAUGCAUAGUAGAGCACGGUGAAGCAGCUUGUACAAAGUGGAUUGAGGCUCACAAACAAUGCCUCCGUGCUGAGGGAUUCAAUGUUUGAGAUUGUUAAUGAGGAAAAGAGAAGAAGAUAUUGGUAGUAUAACUCGGUUGGUUUUAUGAGAUUGGUGAUGGUUUUGGACCACAGUUUCUUUCUUUUAUAGUUAAGUCAGAAUGAUUGUUGAAAUUAUGAAUAAAAGCAGGGUUAUUGAUUGCUACAUACUACUCAUAACUUAUUAACUUUCUGACCUGUUGAAUCAAGAUGUUCUCCCUUCUCUGCCACA